GGAGCGCUCCUUCUUGGAAUGUCGGCAGCAGCACCACAGAAGUAGCAAAAACCAGCAUUAAUUGCCCCUUGGCCACUGGACACCUUGCCGACUAAAGGAUGCGAGUGGGCAUCGCAUACCUUGUGAUGUCAUGGUUAUGAGUUUCUUUCUCAUGAUGACCUGUUGUCUGAGUAAUCAUUUCGACGACAUCCUGGACGCAUGUGAAGCGGGCAGCAGCAGCAGAUCAAGUGCAUGAAGAAAGACUAAGGCGUGGCUUAGAUGGCCACGGGGCGUGGCCAACGUAGCCCUUUACUCCGUGCUCUCUUGUGGGGGCCGCCGCUGCUCUCUGGCUAAACAUUCAGUUCCUUCAGGCGGCUCGCAGCCACCACUAGGGAACCAGGCGGCCAACCAGUGUCGCUCCAGCUGCUUCAAAGACAGCACACACAACUGGGCAGCAGCUGCGUCCAAAGGUUCACGCAGGGGCCACUUCGUCGGUUGUUGAAGCCAAGUCCAUUUGACUAUAGUCCCAUUCCGUUGUGUUUCGAUGUGCCUUCGCGUGAAAGUGAUCAUUUCAUUUCGUGUGCCUUCAACACCGAGCUCAACAGACUAGUGGUGCUAAAAAUUCGUGUCAUCGUUGGUUCAUUGCAUCAGGAAAUUCCAAAACUGAUCCCAAUUGACUGGAAUUUCUCGGUGAUGGAACAGGGCUGCUGCAGCACACUUCUACCUUCUGUAAACUCGAGAGAAGCACCUGUCGGUUUACAGUUAGAGUUAAGUGUCUCUUCUUCGAGAGAGUGAGCACGCCUGCGUGUACUGUUGAUGCGUGAGGUGUGGAGGCUCGCAGCCAAGAGGAGGCUGGUGUCGUUGCUUCAAGAGAGGUGAAGGAGAGCUUGUUGGCACUGAUGGGUGGAUACUCUGCUCGAGAGCCAUAUGAAUGGCAUCUAUGCUCAGUUUUACAACGCUUUUAGUCAUCUGUGUGUGUACAAAGUCAAUUUCUCUCGUAAAAUAACUAUACGAUAAAUUACAGUACUUCAGCCGAGUGACUGAGUGUUUUUAAACCUGAGUAAGGUGACCCCAGUGAAAGUAAAUAUUGACCAGGAGUACAAUCUUGGCAUACCUGUACCUCGAAAGAACACCUUCGCGAAGCUUUUAGGUAACCCAAGGUUCUCUACAGCAGCUCUCCUAUUUUACCUUUUCACUGAAGAACUAUUCUGGUUGUUGGUAGAAGAAGAAGAAACAAAGGAGAAAAAGAGAAAGGGUAAUUAAAUAGCUAUACAUAUAGUUGAGUUAGCUAAAUUCAAGAGUCACCCUCCCCCCACCCCCAACUCUCAUUUCGUCCUAACUUGCACCGAAGCCAAAGAAAAAUGGGAUCGCUUAUCGGGUGAUGCCAGCGCCACCGCAGUGCCUUGUACCUGUGAUACCGUAUCGUACUUCACAACUCAAUUCUGGUCGGCUGGGCUUGAAGAAUCAAGCGCACAUAAGCCACUUGUUUGUAUGAUGGACGCAAAAACGAAUGAAGAAGUGGUGAUGGUUGCCGUGGGCGUCGAGGGGUUGGCCUCAUGGGCGGCAAGCUUAGUCCUCACCUUUGUUCUUGCCCUUGUCUUCCUCAUCUCGUCAGUCCUCAACACGGUCUUUCUCGUCAUAUUCUUCAGGAGACCGGCACUCAGGAGUAUCUCUAACAGAUUUAUCGUCAGCCUGACAGUCUGUAACUUGCUGGCGUCCUGGUUGUUGCUGCCUCUGGUCGUGACGGACUCUUUCCUGACGGGAUGGAAAUCAGAGGCUUUUUGUCGAGGACUGGACGCCGUGUCCGAACUCGUAGCCUCAGCGUCGGUGUUCGCCACUGUCCUGAUCGCCUUCGAUCGCUUCUGUGCCAUCACCGAUCCUCUCCACUACCACAUGAGGAUCACCCGGCUGAUGAGCGUCGCCAUGAUCGCCCUCGGUUGGGGCAUUCCAGCUCUCAUUGCCACGGCUGCCGCCAUGGAGGAUCUCUCUGGGAGAACGUGGAACGUAUGCAAGGGCUUCUCCGCCAGCGGUGAGGCGUGGACAUGGACAUACAGAUCAUACUUCGUCGUGUUCAACAUGGUCCUAUCUUUUGUGAUACCGACACAUGCUCUGAUCUGGUUCUACGUCAAGAUCUACCAUGCAGCUCACAAGAACAGCGAGAGGACCCGACGGAAUUCUCUCUGUGGUGCGACUUUGGAUGCCGUUGCGCCUUCCAGAGCACCAUCUAGGACACCAUCUACGAGAUCGACCUCCUCACAGAUCGUAACCAACUUACGCCACAGGAUAAGCAACGCCUCGCUGUUCCUCCAUAAGGAAGAAUCCAGAGCGGCAAAGAUCUCCGUCGUGGUCAUCGUCCUGUUCUUCGUCUGUUGGCUGCCCUAUUACGCUGUUGCUCUGUUCCACACUCCACUGAUUGAGGUAUGGAUGCCUGAUGUCAGUCAAAGCAUAGUUAUGGUUUUGGCACUGAGUAACUCUGCCAUAUCCCCAUAUCUGUACUUGUACCGAUCACGAAGGAUUCAGCGAGAGGUGCGCCGCCUGCUUGGUCUACCUCUGAGUGGGACGAAGACUGCUGGAGGGUCCAGCAGAAGACGCCCCCAACCUCGUUUGCAGCUGGAGAUGAUUCCUCCUUCCCCAACAGUCCCUAAUGGAAACUUCGAAUCCCCAUUAGACCCUUAUCACCUAAUGGUCAGAGAUCAAAGAGCUGUUCGGCCAUCUCCUCUCACAGUUAUAUUCAACAAGCUUUUUCGUGCUAAGGGACUUGCGUGGGAACCGUGGCGGGAUUCCAUCACUUCCACCAGCUCUUCCUCGGCCACAUCCACUUCCAACUCCACCACCACCUCAGCCGGGACAGAGUGCUCUGCAACAGAGAGUGAGUGUAUGUUACCACGCAUGGUGGUCUCAAAGCCACUGUCAUGACAGAGUGCACAUGCUGCUGGCUCGAGUGUUUCCAGGCUUUGCAUCAAGCAAAGAUUAUCAAGGCAGGCAAACGCCAAGGCGCUCAGCUGCAAAUUCACCGGUGCAACAUCGGACCAGCCAACAGCCAGCCGUUCUUUGACACUGAGCAAGCAGCAUGUCAAAGGAGAAUUUCCUAGUUCAACAACUGGCACCGCCCAGGCCGGAAGUAAUGACCAAAGAGAUAGCUUUUCGUGUGCAGUGGUGGAACUAACGAUUACGGCAGCCAGUUCCAGUGACACAGUAGAUAUUGAUAGUGCCAUAACUGAUGUUCAGUCUCAAGAUAAAACUGAUACUUGUAGUGUUUCUGAAAGUUAUGUAUACUGUACCACAGAUGAUCAGACUAGACUUCUGGAUAAUUCUGAGCAGCCCAGAUCUAUGAAUGGUGCAGAAAACGGAUCCUUAUUUCUGGACAGUACCUCAGAUCAGUCCAGACUAUUGGAUAGUACCGCAGACCAAUAUGGUUUUUUGGAUGGUACAUCUGACCGAUCAAGACUUCUGAACAGUGCCUUAGAUGAAAUGCCGAUUGUUAGGGAAGUUGUUGCUAGUUGGGACAUACCUGUUCUGAAACCAAAGUUAAGGCUCCAAACUACCUCGUGCUGAUGGUAUUCCGAGUCAAUACUGUUUUUGUACAGUUACAAAAGUUACAGUAUGUUUUUUUAAGUCAUUACAUGUGUAAGCAAUUUAGUGAUAUAUGACAAUGCGCAAGAUUUUCACAAAUGCACCAUAUGACAUUAAAACCUAAAGUAUCUGAUUGAACACUUUUGCAUAGGGUAACUGAUAUCUAAUCUAAUGUUUGGUUUCCACAAAUGUUCAUGUUACUAAAGACUUUCUGUAAAAUUAGUGUGAGAAACCAGACUCUUCUCGUGAUGUUGACGUGUCGUAUAUAGUGCUCAAAUUAUUAUGGUUAUUAAGUUAUGACAUAAUUUAUGAAUGCCAUGUUUGUUAACUGCAAGCUAAUCAUUAAGGUGUGUUGUAAAAACUAAGGGUGCUAAAAUGUCUUCCUUCACGUCUCAAGUUAGUUCUAGAAAAAAAAAAUAGUUUCAGACUAAGGUAAUAUUGAUGUCAUCUAGUGGAACGCACCAUAAGAACCAUUUUUUUUUUCCAUAAGAAGUACAGGCGAUUUUAUUUUACUUUAUAUUUGGAAAUUCAAAACCACCCCCUAAAGCAACUGCAAUCCCAGAUAAUGCCUUGAUUGGUCAAAUUUCAGUAUAGCACAAAAUGGUGACGAGUCUGCUGUUCAGAAGGUUCCUGUCUAAACUGACUUCUUAAUUCUAGGAUAACCAUAAUAUCCAUUUAAUAGUACUCAGGUUAGCAUACGUAUGCUAUUAAUAAUGUAAGAAUUAUCUACUCUAACUCAGGCUAAGCAUCACAAAAUAAGGUUCUACAAGAACGGUUUGGAAAUCUCGCUUUGUAAUUUUCCCAGAUACUCAACUCUCCUUUUACCCAGAUACCAUGUUGCUUAUAAGUCAAAUGUACAUUUUAUUUUGAUAGAACACUACAUUUGCGAGUCAGUUUCAAGUAUCUUGAAGUCGGAUAAUUUAUGUGAUCAACGGCUGGUGUCUGGUAACCCACCUACAUAUAUGUAUCCUCAUCAUGUGAUCCAUUUAUGAGUCUUAGAAUAACUACUUAUUUAGGGCCUUUUCCAUAUAUAUAUAUAUAUAUAUAUAUAUAUAUAUAUAUAUAUAUAUA